AUGUCGCCGCCCGGCACUAACGAUGUAGCUCUAAUUGACACAAGCAUCAGCACGCCGCUGUCGAGUGGUGGUCCGAGUCCUGGAGCGUCGCCAGACCCAGUGGAACAAGGUCCCAUCAAGAUCAAGACCUCGCGUAAAUGGGUUUUGCCUCCACGGCCAAAGCCCGGCCGUAAGCCCUCGCAGGCCGUCAACACCGGCACGCAGCCUACUAAAGAGAUUAAAGAACCAAAAAAGAAAUCUAAGCCAACGCCAACACCUCAGGACUUGGAAGCCAGCAUCGUCAACAACCCUUUGAAGCAACAAAUCCUGAAAAUCAACGAGGAAAACUACUAUUUAAAGUUGGAGGUGAUCAAGCUGGUUGCCGACCUGAAAAAUUUGAAAAACGAAAUUCGAGAAAACCACAACAAGCCAGAGUCCGAAAACAGAGCCUCUCCAGCAUGUCCCCGUAAACGAAGCCACGAUGACGAUAUCAACGAACUCAUAGUAUCUCUUAUAGACUUGAACCACUCGCAACAGGUUCAGCAACAGUCUCCUGCGCCUCCGGCUCAGCAGGUUCCAGCAGCAACUGCAACCGCAACUAAGCCAAUAGCCAUCAAAUCCGAGGAUAUGCAAAAGUUCAUCAAGUUGGAAAAAUUCGAAGAUCCAGCCAUGGACUUCUCGUCUCCAGCUUUGUCCGACGACGACCACCUCGAACACCAUAGCGACCACCUUGUCGACCUUACCCCUACCCCAACUAUCUCGCUCACCAAAACCAACGAAACGAUGGACAGUCUGUCCGGCUCCACUUUGGUUUCCCAAUCGCCAAAGGGCUUCAAGCUGGCAGAGCUUCCUUCCUCCCCCGGCAAGGAUUCCGCCUUCUCUAUUUUUAAAUCAAACACCGCAGAUUCCAUGAUUUCGCCCGCUCCGACAGAUUUGGGCCCCCAUCUGGAUUCUAAAAACGAUCUCCAUUUCCACGACUACUACGAAUUCGAUAGUUUGCACGACGUGGAGCUCGAGUUCGAGAGCUUCAUCAACGGAGAGCUUUCAUGA